AUGGAUCUAUCUGCAGUUCACGUUGAAGAAGUACAAAAUGUCCUUAAUGCUAUGCAGAAAAUCUUAGAGUGUCCAAUCUGUUUGGAGUUGAUAAAAGAACCAGUUUCCACAAAGUGUGACCACAUAUUUUGCAAAAGCCUUCAAGAAAGUACUAGAUUUAGUCAACUUGUUGAAGAGCUAUUGAAAAUCAUUCAUGCUUUUGAGCUUGACACAGGAUUGCAGUUUGCAAACAGUUACAACUUUUCAAAAAAGGGAAAUAACUCUCCUGAACAUCUAAAGGAGGAAUUUUCUAUUAUCCAAAGUAUGGGCUACCGAAACCGUACCAAAAGACUUCGACAGACUGAACCCGAAAAUCCUAUCUUGGAAACUGAUCUUAGUGUCCAUCUCUCUAAGCUUGGAAGUGUGCGAUCUCUGAGGACAAAGCAGCAGAUACAACCUCAAAAUAAGUCUGUCUACAUUGAAUUGGGAUCUGAUUCUUCUGAAGAUACAGUUAAUAAGGCAAGUCAUUGCAGUGUGGGAAACCAAGAAUUGUUACAGAUUACCCCUCAAGGAGCCAGGGAUGAAGCCAGUUUGGAUUCUGCAAAAAAGGCUGCUUGUGAGUUUUCUGAGGACAUAACUAAUAUUGAACAUCAUCAAUCCUGUGAUAAAGAUUUGAACACGAUUGAGAAGCGUGCAACUGAGAGGCAUCCAGAAAAGUAUCAGGGUGCAGCAGCAUCUGGGGACGAGAGUGAAACAAUCCUCUCUGAAGACUACUCAGGGCUGUCCUCUCAGAGCGAUAUUUUAUCCACACAGCAGAAGGAUACCAUUCAAGGUAACCUGAUAAAGAUCCAACAGGAAAUGGCUGACCUGGAAGCUGUGUUAGAGCGGCAUAGGAGCCAGCCUUCUAACAGCUCCUCCGCCCUUGUAGCUGACCCUUGUGUCCCUGAGGACCUGCUAAAUCCAGAACAAGACACAGAAAAAGCAGUAUUAACUUCAGAGAAAAGUAGUGAAUAUCCUGUAAACCAGAAUCCAGAAAGCCUUUCUACUAAGAACUUCCGAGUAUCUCCAGAUAGUUCUACCAAUAAAAAUAAAGAGCCAGAAGUUGAAAGGUCUUCCCCUUCUAAAUCCCAGUUGUUGGAUAAAAGGUGGUAUGUGCACAGCUACUCUAGCAGUCUACGGAACAGAAACUGCCCAUCGCGAGAGGAACUUGUUAAGGUCAUUGAUGUGGAGGAGCAGAAACUUGAAAAGUCUGAGUCGCACGAUUUAAUGGAGCAGUCUUAUUUGCCAAGGCAAGAUCUAGAAGGAACCCCUUACCUGGAAUCUGGAAUCAGCCUCUUCUCUGAUGACCCUGAAUCUGAUCCCCCAGCAGACCAAGCCCCAGGGUCCGCUCACAUUUGCAGCAUGCCACCUUUAAACUCUGCAUUGAAAUUACCCCAAGCUCAAGUUGCAGAAUCUGCCAACAGUCCAGCAGCUGCUCAUAAUACCGAUAUGUCUGGGUAUGAUGUGAGCGAAGAAAAUGUAAGCAGGGAGAAGCCAGAAUUGACAUCUUCAACAGAAGGGGUCAACAAAAGGAUAUCCAUGGUGGUAUCAGGCUUGACCCCACAGGAAAUUAUGCUUGUGCACAAGUUUGCCAGAAAACACCACAUCACUUUAACUAAUGUAAUUACUGAAGAGACUACUCAUGUCAUUAUGAAAACAGAUGCUGAGUUUGUGUGUGAACGGACACUGAAAUAUUUUCUGGGAAUUGCAGGAGGGAAAUGGGUAGUUAGCUAUUUCUGGGUGACCCAAUCUAUUAAAGAAAGAAAGAUGCUGGAUGAGCAUGAUUUUGAAGUCAGAGGGGAUGUGGUCAAUGGGAGAAACCACCAAGGUCCAAAGCGAGCAAGAGAGUCCAAGGACAGAAAGAUCUUCAGGGGCCUAGAAAUCUGUUGCUAUGGGCCCUUUACCAACAUGCCCACAGAUCAACUGGAGUGGUUGGUGCAGCUGUGUGGGGCUUCUGUAGUGAAGGAGUUUUCAUCAUUCACCUGUGGCACAGAUGCUCACCCAAUUGUGGUCGUGCAGCCAGACGCCUGGACAGAGGACAAUGGCUUCCAUGCAAUUGGACAGAUGUGUGAGGCAUCUGUGGUGACCCGAGAGUGGGUGCUGGACAGCGUAGCCCUGUAUGAGUGCCAGGAGCUGGACACCUACUUGAUACCCCAGAUCCCCCACAGCUGCUGCUGA